CUUUGUAGUAGUUCCAUUCUGGAUGGAUUUCACCUCCUGAGAUUGUUCUGUUUUCAAUGGUUUACCCCACAGGCCCAUUAUUAUUUCAGAGAGGAAUAACUUGGUGAUGGAGCAUUCUCAAUGACUGAUGGACUCAAAAGAAGAAAGCUCAGCAACCCAAGAAGGAACAAGAGAGAGAGGCCUGGUCUAUGUGUGGCAGGCUGGUUCCUCUUGUCCUACCCCAGAAAGACUUCCCGGUUGGAUCGGAAAAAGAGUGUUGCAGGCAGCGCUUGGAGAAAACCAUGGUGUACUUUUGUCUGAUGAUGGUGAAGUUUACAGUUUUGGAAAACUUCCUUGGAGACUUGGGCUAGAAGAGGCUUUUAUUAAUUGUCCCAUACUGGAAAAGACUUUGAGUGGACAACAUGUUGUUACAGUGGCAUCUGGCAGCUUUCACAGUGGAGCAGUGACUGAAGGAGGGGUGGUGUACAUGUGGGGGGAGAAUUCUGCUGGUCAGUGUGCUGUGGCCAAUCAGGCUACUGUGCCAGAACCCAACCCCCUCAGCAUUUCUGAUGGUGAAGCUGGACCUUUCUUGCCAAUUCGGAUUUUGCAGCUGACAUGUGGAGAGGAGCACACCUUGGCACUCUCUCAGAGUAGAGAGAUAUGGGCAUGGGGAAGUGGCUGUCAGCUAGGACUUGUAACCAAUACAUUUCCAGUGACCAAGCCGCAAAGAGUUGAGUACCUGGCAGGGCGUGUGGUGCUUCAGAUUGCUUGUGGGACCCAUCACAGCUUGGCACUGGUACAGUGCCUCCCCACUCAAGACUUAAAACCUCUCCCAGAGAGAUGCAAUCAUUGCAGCCAGCUCCUCAUUACCAUGACUGAUAAAGAAGACCAUGUCAUCAUCUCUGAUAGCCACUGCUGUCCACUGGGUGUUGUUCUGACUGAAUCCCAGACUGAGAAUCGCACCUCUUGCUCCUCACUAGAAACUCUGGAAAGAAAGAGUGUAACAAGCAGCCAAGGUGAGGAUUGUCAGAAAACCCUUUCAGAAGAUCAGUUGCUGUCUGGGGCAGAGUAUGAUAUAACAAGUAUAUUUUCAAACAAUGAUGGACAGGAAGACAGUGGCAUUUGUAGUCCAGGAAACCCUUUGAUCUCUGAUAAAACAGCAGUAAAGCAACACUUGACGGGCCUUUCAGAUCAUUCAUUAAAUGCAAGCAGGGAGAAGCAGAUCAGCUCUGAACCUGAACAGCAGUCUCAAGAAGAGGAUCAUCUUGUUUGCCUUCCCGGUCCACCCCUCCCAGGUUGCACAGCAUCCCCACCUAGCGGAAGCUCUCCAGCCCUCGAUGGAGUGAAGGACAGCCGAGAAGAGCAGGUCAAGCUGGAGUCAAUGCAGGGGAAAAAAAGUUCCAGCUUGGUAGACAUUCGAGAAGAGGAAUCUGAAGGGAUAUGUCGAAGACUUUCCUUGCCUGGCUUGCUCUCCCAAGUUUCUCCAAGGCUUUUGAGGAAAGUAGGACGAGCCAGAAUGAGGACAGUUGCCCUGACACCCACUUACAGUGGUGAAGCUGAUGCACUUCUUCCGUCUCUGCGAACUGAGGUGUGGAGCUGGGGGAAAGGAAAAGAUGGGCAGCUGGGACAUGGUGAUGUCUUACCAAGGCUCCAACCAUUGUGUGUAAAAAGUCUUGAUGGUAAGGAAGUAAUUCAUUUGUCUGCUGGUGGCCAUCAUUCCUUGGCACUCACUGCUAAAUCGCAGGUAUAUUCAUGGGGCAUUAAUACCUUUGGACAGCUAAGUCAUUUAAAUUCUCCAACCACAAUCCCUCGCCUUGCAAAGAUAUGUGAUCACAACAGAAUUUGGAAUAUAGCAGCAGGUCCAGACUAUUCCCUGUUCCUAGCAGAUGGAGAAGAUUUUCAGCCUUCAUUAUACUACAGUGGCCGAGAAGAAAAAGGAGAGGAUGAUGUUUCAUCUGAAAACAACUGUUUAAAGAGUCCAACACUGUUACUAAACUGUAGUAAGCUGGGGUAUAUUAGCAACGUGACAACAGGUGGAAAUAAGUGUUUGGCUUUAGUGGACAAAAACAUUAUGGGGUACAUCGCCAGUCUUCAUGAGUUGGCUUCGACGGAGAGACAGUUCUACUCUAAACUGAGCGCUAUAAAAUCUCAAGUUCUCCGACCGCUCUUGGGAUUCGAUAAUUUAGGUACAGCAUCUACCAUCCAGUUGCUGCAGGAAAUGGCAAGUACAUUCAGCAAACUGUGUUACCUGGUUGGUCAGCAUGGAGCCUCUUUGACUAGCUUUCUUCAAGGAUUAAAAGAGGCAAAGAAUUUGGUGAUCCUGAAGCAUUCAAAUUUGUUUUUGGAAAGUUAUACUGAGUACUGUACUUCCUUGACAAACUUUUUGGUGAUGGGAGGAUUUGCACUACUCUCCAAGCCAGCAGUGGAUUUCUUAGGUAAAAACCAAGCAUUACUUCAAGAUCUGUCAGAGACAAAUGAAGAGGUUUAUCCAUUAAUGGAGAUGCUAAAUGCUCUGUUUUUCUUGCCAAUCAGACGACUUCAUAAUUAUGCAAGAGUUUUGCUAAAGCUUGCUACCUGUUUUGAAGUGACGUCUCCAGAAUAUCAAAGCCUUCAGGAUUCCAGCUCUUGUUAUGAAACCCUGGCUGUCCAUCUCAGUAGGAAAAGAAAAGAAGCUGAAUAUACACUGGGUUUCUGGAAAACUUUUCCUGGGAAAAUGACAGACUCCUUAAGGAAACCUGAGCGGCGACUAAUCUGUGAAAGCAGCAAUCGAGGAUUGUCCCUGCAACAUGCUGGGAGAUUUUCAGUGAAUUGGUUUAUCCUCUUCAAUGAUGCCUUGGUCCAUGCUCAGUUCUCAACUCAUCAUAUUUUUUCCUUGUCUACCCUGUGGGUAGAACCUGUUUCAGAAGAAUCUGGUAAUAUGAAUGGUUUGAGAAUCACUACACCUGAAGAACAGUUUAUUCUCAUUUCAUCAACUCCACAAGAAAAGACUAAAUGGUUGAGAUCUAUAAGCCAAGCUGUGGAUCAGGCCUUAAAAGGAACAUCUGACUUGCCUCCUUAUGGAGGCAGUGGAAGCCUGCAGAGGCAAGAGCCCCCUAUUUCAAGGAGUGCCAAAUAUACCUUCUACAAAGACCCUCGGCUUAAGGAUGCUACUUACAACGGUCGAUGGCUUUCUGGGAAGCCACAUGGCAGAGGAGUCUUGAAGUGGGCAGAUGGAAAGAUGUAUUCUGGCAUGUUCAGAAAUGGCAUGGAAGACGGAUAUGGUGAAUAUAGAGUACCAAACAAAACAUUGAACAAGAGUGACCACUAUAUUGGAUUUUGGAAGGAAGGCAAAAUGUGUGGCCAUGGUAUCUACAGGUAUGCAGCUGGGGAGGUUUAUGAAGGAGGCUUCCAGGAUAACGUGCGUCAUGGCCAUGGCCUUCUGCGCAGUGGGAAGCUGACUUCCUCCUCACCAAGUAUGUUCAUUGGCCAGUGGGUGAUGGAUAAGAAGGUCGGGUAUGGAGUGUUUGAUGACAUUACAAGGGGAGAAAAAUACAUGGGGAUGUGGCAAGAUGAUCUUUGCCAAGGCAAUGGUGUUGUGGUCACGCAGUUUGGAUUGUAUUAUGAGGGGUCCUUUAACAACAAUAAAAUGAUGGGGACUGGUGUGUUGCUUUCUGAAGAUGACACUGUGUACGAAGGAGAAUUUUCAGAUAAUUGGACCCUUAAUGGAAAGGGAACACUGACUUUGCCAAAUGGAGACACUAUUGAAGGCACUUUCAAUGGUGAAUGGGGAUCUGGAAUAAAGAUUACAGGAACCUACUUCAAACCCACUUUAUAUGAUCAUGAGAAGGACCGAUCAAAAACACUGCGGAAGCUAGGAAUCCUUGCUGUCCCAGCAGACGAAAAGUGGAAGGCCGUAUUUGAGGACUGCUGGCACCAGCUCGGCUGUGAACAGCCGGGCCAAGGCGAUAGGUGGAAAGCUUGGGAUAACAUUGCUGUUGCCCUGACAACCAAUCGGCGGCAACACAAAGACAGGUUAGUAGAACUCUUGAGCAGGUCACACGCACAAACCCUGGAAAGCCUGGAGUUCAUUCCACAACAUGUUGGUGCCUUCUCACUGGAAAAAUAUGAAAACAUUAAGAAAUACCUCAUAAAGGCAUGUGAUACUCCUCUGCACCCCUUGGGAAAACUUGUUGAAACCCUGGUAGCUGUAUACCGCAUGACCUAUGUGGGAGUGGGAGCCAAUCGACGACUAUUGAAGGAGGCAGUGAGGGAGAUUAAAUCCUAUUUGAAACGCAUCUUCCAGUUGGUCAGAUUCCUGUUCCCUGAUCUUCCUGAAGAGGGCAGUGUAAUUCCCUUGCUGAUGACUGAGAUGAAAGGAACACGAUCUUUCUGUACUGGAAAAAAGGACUCAAGACCUGAAUCUCCAGAACCAGGCUAUGUGGUUACCAGCUCUGGCUUGUCACUUCCUGUGCUGCUCCCACGUCUCUACCCUCCACUAUUUAUGCUGUAUGCCUUAGACAAUGAACGAGAGGAAGAUGUUUACUGGGAAUGUGUUCUGCGUUUGAACAAACAACCAGACAAAGCACUGUUGAACUUUUUGGGAGUGCAGACGAAAUUUUGGCCAACAACAAUAUCUGUCCUUGGUGAAAAUAAAAAGGUAUUACCAAAUACAAAAGAUGCCUGUUUUGCUUCAGCAGUAGAAUGCCUACAACAGAUCAGCACAACUUUUACACCUACUGACAAGUUGAAAGUGAUCCAGCAGACCUUUGAGGAGAUCUCACAGAAUGUGCUUGAGUCUCUUCAUGAAGAUUUCCUUUGGUCCAUGGACGAUUUGUUUCCUGUUUUUCUGUAUGUGGUGCUGCGAGCCAGGAUAAGGAAUUUGGGAUCUGAAGUGCACUUGAUUGAGGACCUCAUGGAUCCCUAUCUCCAACAUGGGGAGCAAGGCAUUAUGUUCACAACUCUGAAGGCAUGCUAUUACCAGAUUCAGCAUGAAAAGCUUACCUAAUUCAUUUGGAAGACUCACCUGAAUAGAAGUUUUAUUCAUCUUCCCUGAAACCCUUAAAAUGAAAACAAAGUCAUCAUCCUGUGGAUGUAAUUUCUAAACCUUUAAGGUCAGAAAAAAAGCAAAGGCUUCAGAUCAAAGAAAAGGAGAAAAGAUCGGGAAAGCAAUUAUUUUGUGAAGAAACUGUUAGAAUUACAUAUGGAUCUCAAAAAAGAAAAAGAUCAUCCAGGAAUAUGCUGCUUUUGACAUAGAAGUGGUUGAAAACAUUGUGGUUUUGAAGGACUGAAAUGCACUAUGGAACCACUCUAUUGUUUUUAAAUUAAGCUGCCUAGGUUUGUGUGUCACUGAGAAAAAAAAACUUGACAUGAAUAGCCUACUUACUAAAAAAUAAUUUUUGAAAAAAAUCCUUUCUGUAAAUAUUGUUACAGAUAGGAGUACAAGUGCUUGCGUGAAAUGAAGAUCUGUUGGAUUUAUUAAUUCCAGAGUGUUAAGUAAUGGGAGUUGAUAUUUCUUUACUUUUGGGGGGGGGGGUGAGAGGAGCUUAGUAUUUAACAUCAAGGAGCAUUGGUCAUUGUAAAUGUUAGCACUGAAUUUGAUAUUUAAUAAGUUUACAGAACUCUUAUUUCUUGUAAGCCUUGAUGAACAAAGUUUAUAAGCUACAGCUGGAAUGGUUUACUUGACAGUGGUGAACCUCAUGUUACAGAAGGAUGAAACUACAAUCUUACUAAACAUGUGCUCUCAGAAUUGAAGUACUAUAUUAGUAUUAUGAGAUUUUGAACUGCUAUAUCUGCUAUGCCUAUUUGACAAAAGGAAAUCUUUCUUGUUACCAGCAACUCUAUGUUAUUGUUCUUGUGACCAUUUCCUUGACUUAUAUGGAUAGCUCUCAACCUGGAUAAAAUAGGUGCUGUUCUUUGCUGUAUCAGAAAUAAGUAGAAGAUAAGGAAAAUACUCUCCUGGUUAAAUUCAGUUAAUAAUAGUCAACACAAAUAACUUCUGGACAUCAGAAUCAUGCUUGUGUGUUAACUCCUUUUAUUAAAAAUACAUUUUGGUGGGAGCUGUAACUGUAAAUGAAGCAGUUUUCAUAAUAAAAAAUAUUACUAA